GCGUCAGCCAGACAUGACUCGGCCAGAGCCAUGGAUUUCUGGUCGCGCUUGUUAAGCCCCCUCUCCUCCGGGAGCUCUCGUCAGGACCAGGCAAAGGACCCUGCCAAGCGUCUUCAUCGCUUCGAGAAGGAGUACGCAGGCUUGUUGUCCAUCUGGCGCAAAUCCACCAACCUGUCCCAGGACAUUGACGCCGCCGAGACCGUCGAGAUCAGGCUCCAGGAGCUCACCAACAUCCUCAGCGACGAGAGCCGCCGCCCGCUGCCGCACCCCUGCAUCCAGUAUGCCUCCAUCAAGCAGAUAUACGUGCCCAUCGGCAAGAUUGCCACCUCGUCGUACAACGAAUGGAUCAUCAAGGAGGCCGUCCUCUUCUUCGCGACCCUCAUCGAGAGCGAGGAGGAGGCCUUUGUCGAGAACCACACCUUUUCCGCCAGCUUGACCAACCUGCUGGUGCGCAUCACCGGCGUCAACAGCGCGCGCCUCGGGCUGGAUACCGAGUCGCGCGUUGUCGAGCUGGCCUUCAACAUCACCACCAAGAUCCGCCUCGACCCCGACAUCCUCCCGGCCUGGUUCAAGACGCAGCAGGACGUCAACCGGCCGAGCGACCGGGCGGCGAGUGUUCGUGACAAGUUCGCUGGCCGAACUAAGAGGGCCGACUUUCCCCUCUUCUACAUCCUGAUGGACUACAUCCACCACGAGGGCAAGGUGGGCGACUUUGCGCGCACAGGCUUGCUGUACAUCAUCGAGGCCGCCUCGAGCUCCGAGUCUCUGGAGCAGUGGAUCGUCGAGAGCGACCUGUCGACGCUCAUGGCCACCGGGCUGGGAGCCCUGUACAGCCAGCUCAGUCGCAAGCUCGUCAUUGAUCAUUUGCCCAAUAACCUGCCGCCCAUCCUCGCGCUCUCCGACUAUGAACACCCCACCUCCAACUACGAAAUCGUGAGCUCCUGCUCGGCCGAGUUCCAGUCCCACCUCGAGACGUUCUUAUCGCACCUUUUGUUUUGGCAGGAUGUCUUGAACCACUGCAAGUCAGUCGAGGUCAAGUCGACGCUCCUCGAGCACUUUCAGGUGAUUUUCUUACAGCAGCUCUUAUACCCAUCAUUGCUAGAGUCUUCCGAUAUAGACGGAGGCUCGUCCGUGGCCGUCCUGACCUACCUCCGCCGCAUCAUCGAAUCCCUCGACCACCCCGACAUGAUCAACCUCAUUCUUCACUACCUCCUGGCCUUGCCCGAUGCCGUCAUCUCCAACAGCCCCCCUUCAGAGACGGCAAUAAGCGCCGCCCGGCAGCGCAAGUCCAUGGACCUCGCUACCAUGAUGGCGGAGAAACCUGACACGACGGCGACUCCGCUGCUCUUCAACCUGGUUGAUCUGAUUCUGGCCUGUCUCAGGUCGCGCAACCAGCAAACCAUCUACGUCACCCUUCAGCUGGUUUCAGCAAUCGUCAAGAGGCACCAUCGUUACGCAGUCCUCACCCUCCUCCGGACCGACUCGUUCCCGAGCAAUAACAUCAACCGGACGGUGGGCGCCCACGAGCAAGAGAUUGAGUACCUGAUGGCUCUGGCGGAGACCAUUGGCGGUCGAGACGACUUUAACGAGACGUACGAGAGCAUCCUGAAAGAUACCAUGGCCCGGCUCGAGAGCCACCCGUGCUCCCUCAGGCUCGUCGCCCCCAGGCUGUCUCAGCAUAAUCACAAGCUGCCCACCAUCCCAGACAGUCUGCCGGGUGCGCCCAAGGACGUGCGGGAACACACGCUUCGCCACGACGAUCUCUUGCUCAACGCCAUCCUCGACCUGAUGGAGAACUUCUUCAUGAACCCAGUGGAGACGAACUUGUCGGUUACUGAGACCAUUGUUGACAUGGCAAUCUGCGGCUACAUGAGCAUCGAGGGCUGGCUGGCCCGGAACCCCAAGAGCUACGUCUACGCUGAGGACGAGCAGCAGCAAAAAUCGGACGAAAACAAGGGAACCAAACCGCAGCAAGAGGAGGGUGAGGGCGAGGAAGCGACGGAGACGGGGACACAGACGGGAGCAGACGCCGAGGCGGAAACCGGCAAUCGGUCGCUGGCCGACGAGCUCAACUCGCAGGACGACGACCAUUCGGAGGGCGGCUUCUCUACAUUUUCCGACGACACGGAGGCGGACCGGCUGGAAUCGAUGGAAAAGUGCAGGCGUCGGCCCAAAUGGACGCAGGAAUCCUUGCCGCGAAUCCUCGUCGUGCUCAAGCGCCUCUGCGACCAAGUCGAGGCCUUCAAGCAGACAGUGCCUCGGUUUGACGAGCUUCUCCAACAGCGACGUGAGGCCUUCCAGACUGCGGACUCGAUUCUGGACAAUCCCCCGGCCCCCGUUCAGCAACGGACGCCGGAACGGCCCAGCUCCAGCCUCGAUGAGAUGAUCCGGUCCGUGUCUCCGUCGCGUCCGACUGGCCUCGAGGGCUUCGCUCAGCGGCUGCUUUCUGAGCUUGGGACCCCAAGUCGCUCCAUGACACCCAGAGGACGCAAGAAUAGCACUCGGGCGUCUGGGUCGUCGACACCAGGCUACAACGUGUCGGAUCUCCUCUCUCCUAGCCCCAUGCCCGACACGUCCAAACCGCUGCCCGACCCCAACAAGAAUGCUCUAAGCCGAAAUCUGUCGCCCGCAAGUGCUCAGUCGGAGGCCGGCAGACAGUACCGAGGCAGUAGGCAAGGCUCCGUGGUAGCCCAGCCGGCCGACUUUGCAGCCGUGGACCAAAGCAUCCUGGCCCGGCGGGUAGCCCUACCGACCGAGCCGGCCAAGCCAAUCCCGGUGGACGCGGAGAGUAAGCGGCAGGAUGCUCCCGAGCCGUUAGCAGACGAGCUGGCCAGCCUGGACGGGUACGACAGCAGCGCGGACCGAAGCGAGGUCGCGACCGAGCCGACCGUGGUGACGGAGACGACGGACAAUGCCGAGCCGACGAGCCCGACGCAGCAGGAGAACAUGGUGUCGGUGUCGCACGUCAUUACCAAUGUGCUGAUAUUCCAGGCGUUUUUAAUGGAGCUGGCCAGCUUGAUGCAAGUCAGGGCGGGCCUGUUCAACGAGGUGCGCUUUGUUUGAGAAGUUGUUCAAUGAUACCUGGUGUCUGGGUAGGAGCAUUGCAUACUAUACCUUGGCUCUACUGUAUUAGCUAC